AUGCAGAGCGUCGGUGGAGAUCCCAGCAGGAGCACAAAAGCACCCACUCAUUCAGAAGAUCCGAAUUCUGGAGCAUCUUCCUCAUCGACCCCUCUGCAUGGAGGAGGUGAUUAUGAAGGCGGAGAGGAACAACGGAAGGGAAAUAACUAUGAAGUGUUUUUGAGCUUUAGAGGGAAAGACACUCGUAAAGGCUUUACCGACUAUCUCUACACUAGCCUUGUCGAUGCAGGAAUUCACGUGUUUAGAGACGACAAUGAGCUCCGUGUUGGUGAGGAGAUUGGUCCAGAGCUUCUCUACAACAUUACACAUUCCACGAUCUCGAUCGCGAUUAUCUCUGAGAACUACAUUUCCAGCAAAUGGUGCCUCUGCGAACUGGCUGAGAUGUUGAAGUGCAAGAGAAGUAAAGGGCAGAUUGUGUUGCCCAUAUUUUACAAAGUGGAACCCUCACAGGUGCGUCAUCUUACAGGGAGAUUGGGAGAUGCUAUAAAUGCACAUAAAAAGAAUAUCGACGAAAUGGUUGUGAAGGAAUGGGAAGUAGCACUCAAAGAAGUCGGCUCCUUGAAAGGAUGGGAAUCGGAGAAAAUUGAUAGCGGGCAUGAAGGAACAUUGGUUAAAAUUGUUGUCAGAAAAGUAAUGGGCGAGUUAAAAAGACUUUUUCAGCUAAAUGUUCCCGAACAGUUGGUGGGAAUCGAUGAUCAUGUGCAACAGAUUAUGAGCAAGAUAGAUGCUGAAUUCAAUGGUACAAGGAUUAUUGGAAUUUAUGGAAUGGGCGGCAUCGGUAAGACAACUCUUGCAAAGGUGUUAUACAACAAGCUCUCUAGUCAUUUUGACUAUCGUAGCUUCGUGGCAAAUAUCCGAGAAACAUCUCAGCGUAAGGGUAUUGAAUGCAUACAAAAGCAACUCAUUUCUGCCAUAAUAGGAAGUUCGUGUGAUGUGUCUAAUGUCGACGAAGGAUUGGGGACGGAAGUUGGUUUGAAGCGGGAAGUGUAG